UUCCGCGUCGUCGACAUCCUCGAGCCCGACAUGCCUUCACGUACACGCCUCCAGCUCACGCGCAUUGCCUCUCUGUUCCUGUCUUUCGCCUUUGGUGUCGUCGGCUUGGGCGUCGGCAUCAACGCCCUCGUCAAGUUCCUCCAAGAGAAGCGCACGCUCUCGGCCGCCGUCCCCGCUGGCACGGUCGUCCACAUCAGCACGGGCGACGUCCUCAGCACGGGCUACGUCGUCACCGUCGCAUGCGGCCUCAUCGCCGUCGCGUCCCUCCUCUUCCUCCUCCCCAUCUUCCUGGCCCCCGCCCUCGCAGGCCGCACCCUCAAGAUCCAGGGCGCCAUCCUCACCUUCCUCUCCGUCUGGCUCUUCGCCACGCUCGUGCCCUUCACCGACUUUUUCGCGAACAAGUCUGCACAGAUCUCCGCGUCCAUCGGUUCAGUCCAGAUCCCGCAGAGCACGAUCCAGGGCAUCGUCGCGUCCCUGGGCGCGACGACCCGGUACCGUGACAUCGAGUACUUGAGACUGCCUGCGAUUCUCAUGUGGUUCACCCUGCUCUUUGGCGUCACGUCUGCCGUGCUGUCCUUCCUGGACGCGCGCAGCGCGAGGACCGUGAGGAGCGGUGGGGAAGCAUACGGCGUGAGCCCCGCGACCGACGGUGGAUCGCACGAAGGAGUUGCCGAGAAGGAGAAGCAGCGCAUGUCCCAGGACGUCUGAGCUUCUUUCUGUGCUGCACAUCAAAACUGCAUGCGCUCCAAUUCAUUUUCUUGAUGCACACGGCCUCUUUACGAUUCGUUUGAUGUGAAGAGAGGCGGUGGUAAUACCCAUUCGCGGAUGAGAGAUACCUAACAUGCAUGAUUCUUGACGAAGGCUUUGCCGCGUUUAUGACAGCUCCAUGUUGUUUCCUUUGAUUGAUGUAUCGUGAUGUAGUAAUUUAAUUUUGUAGCACCCAGCGACUAAUGAUUCUUGGCGAUAUGUAC